AUGAACUCUACGAAAGAAGCCAUGCCGUGGGUGGGGCUGUAUGUUGCUAUGGCAUCUCUCCUUUGCACUCUUGCAAUGGCGGCCGAUGUCUUCCAAGGUUUUCGCCAACGGAAACUCUGGUUUCCAUGCAGAUUUUUCACCCUCAAUGCUACUUCCAUCACAUUGAUAGCAGUAGCACUGAAGCUACCGGUGGAUCUAUCAGAUGAUCCUGACAGUGAUGAUUGGAUCGUGAAGUCUAUCAGUAUCGUUUUCUUAUUCACCAUGUUAUCCAACUUUCUGCCUUCUUUAACGGGUAUGGAUGACAAGGAACUUUUAACGAACAUCAUAGCCUUGGCUAUUCUCAUCAUCACCAUUAUUGUAAAUAUGUGCAUUCAAUUAGUUGCUAAUGAAGAUAUUCUUGCAUAUUCACUGGUAGAAAUGUCUAUCAUGACAUUGUUCCCUAUAUGGCUAUUUUGGGCACCUUUAACAGUCCCAACAUCUAGAAGAAUUUUAGAACACCAGUACCACGAGUUGCACAGAUCGGCUUUAGAUUGUCAACAGAUAAAGUUCUCAUCCAAAGAACUCGUACGUCAUGUUAAAAGGUAUUGGAUGAUGGCGGAAACUGGUAACCCCCAAUUUGUGCUUGCUUGUUCACCCUUCUGUUCUGCUUCUGGGUUGAUCAGCUCAGUACUUGCUGCUGUAUCAAUUUCAAUGUUGUUAGAAAUGUGGGUCGAUGGAUUAUCUUUUUGGUCUAACUCUGAUUAUAAGUGGUCACUCCCUCUCAUUCUUAUCAUACAAUUAAUUGGGAUUGUAGUAGGCAGCAUUGCACCCAUUUUUAGAUGUAUUACAACUGCGAGUUAUUUCAACCUCUCCAUUUCAUGGAGCAUCAACCAUAUAAACAUGUUCAGAGUCGAAAAACAUUGGACCCAAAGGCUUCGGCACUGGAAACACAUCCAUGUCACUUCAUAUAUCCCAGGCCGCCAAUGCAAAAAAGUUUUCAAUCAUGUCAAAAACAUGAUUUUGAACAUUUGUAUAGCACUUCAGAUAACACUUGUGGUUAUAUGUAAAACGAUAUGUCUCAUUCCUACAUGCAUUAUGCUCUCUUUCUUUUCUUGUUGCCAUUUCGGCAACUCAUUGUUGAAAAGGUUUAAAAAGGACUCUCGUGAAUCCAACGACAAUGUGAAACUAGAGAUUGAAGAAUAUACUGGUUAUGUUCUACAAAUUGAAGACGAGGCAAAGCUUACAGAUAGAACAUUGAGAAAUAUGCUCAGAUCUAUAACUAAGCUUCUUCACAAGUCUGAAAAGAAACAGCCAAGAAAUCUUCUGAAGUUCCUAGAGAAGUCUACAGGAUUCAGUGGAGUAGGAGAGUUCGUCAAUGACAAAGUCCGACCUUCAUGUCCGGAAGAAAUCGAGAAUUGUUGGAGCCUAGUAGCCGUAACGUUAACAGUCAUUGCCCUUGCACUUCCUAACAUUGAAAAUGGCCAGGUCAAGGGGUUACUUUCUAGCAUAAAGGAAGGCCUCCGAUUUGUUAGACAUAUAGAAGAAACUCUCAAUGUAAAUGGUGAGUUGGUAAAGGCAAGAAAAACAGCUAAACGCAUAUGGAAUGAAGCCGAAGUAUACUGCAGUUGGCUGGAAAUUGAUCUUCAAAAUAAGGCUCGUGAAGGGAAAUCGUCAGAGGAUAUUCUUAGAUGGUUAGGUGAUGAAGCAUACAAGAUUGUGUUACAGUUCACAAAAUGCAAAACCAGAAGUCUAGAUGAUUCACAUCACAAGUUCAUUGCUGCAAGUUCCAUGUACAGAAUCAGCCAAACCAUACUGUUCCAUUACAAUGAACAAGGAAAUUGGAAAACCGAUAUGGAACUUUUUGAGUGGAUAUCAACUAUAAUUGCAGAUCUAUUAUGGGCUUGCUUUACCAACUUACCACGAGUUAUAACUCUGAAGUGUCAUCACGAUGCAAUAGAGAAAAGGAGAGAGAGAAUCCAGACUGCAGCUCGACUUCUUGGUGAAUCCAAAACUAUUCUGAACAUCCUUAAAGAAUGCCAACUUCCAGACUUAGAUCAGGAAUCAAUGGCAUACAUUGCUAAGUGGCAGGCACUACCAAAGAGUCAGAUACCCAACGGUCGUCUUUCUUCAGCUGGGAUUCAAUCAGCUCUUUCAUGUUCUAAUGAGUCGGUCACGGUAUCUAUAAUGGAAUAA